UAAUUAACAGAUCCAAUUAUAGGCUUUACCCUCCUGUUCCAAAUCACAUGUUACUGAGAAGAAAAACAACACAUCUGCAUCUGAAACAAAGCCUUUUUGCCUUUACAAAACCCACAUUUAUUUAAACUCACAAAAUCUCCCCACAAUAACAACCCCGUGUUGCACAAGCGCUAGCCCGUGGUCGAGCUGUCUGUGACAGUGCUGAUAAACGGUCGUCAUAGCUCUCACGGGACAAUUUCUCUAAAAGAGGAGAGUGGGAACUUCUGCAUGUUGAUGUCCAGAACCGAAAUCUUUCUUUCAGUGGCAUUCUGUACAGUCAAGUCAAAUACACGCUAGGAAGAUGUUUGUGAAUAAAGCAAAACCUUUACAAAGUCUUCAAGAAAUAACACUGUUACAUACAGUCAUGGCAAAAUCUGUUUUCAUCAUACUUACUAUCGUUGCACAUUUGGGUGUUUUGUUUUCUGAGGAUUCCUGCGAAUAUUUUCAAUUGAUGGAACAUUUGAACCUGACUGAUUCUGUGCGUUUUUUACAAUCCCGACCAGUAGAUGAUUGGAGAAAGCCUUCUCAAGUCUUCAUUGACUCUACCGUGGCUAACAUUAUUCAACUGGAAGGGAUGACACAAAGCCUUACAAGUCUGCUGUGGCUGGACAUGAAAUGGAAAAACAGCUUUAUAUCAUGGGAUCCUAAUAAGUUUUGUGGAAUGGAGUCAAUGACAAUACCAUUGGACCUGUUGUGGUUACCAGACCUCUAUAUCUAUGAGGUCAUGGAUGGUGAUGCAAGCCCUGUGGUUAAUAUUUUAGAAGUGAAACAUGAUGGCUCAGUUAAACAUUCCAAGCCUAUAAGACUUGUUAGUGCCUGCACGUUGGACAUUUUUGGAUUUCCUUUUGACACCCAAAAGUGCACAAUAACUUUUGGUCCUUAUGUGCAUACAGUGGAACAGAUGACUGUGCUUGCAGCAUCCAACUCUUCUGUUGUAACCCAGCGCUCAAGGGAUAAUUUCUCUAAAAGAGGAGAGUGGGAACUUCUGCAUGUUGAUGUCCAGAACCGAAAUCUUUCUUUCAGUGGCAUUCUGUACAGUCAAGUCAAAUACACGAUAACAUUAAAAAGGAUACCAAUUGUGUAUGUGGUGAAUUUGAUAUGCCCAGCAGGGCUUCUGAUAAUCUUGGAUUUUUCUGGCAUGUUUAUUUCAGUAACUGGAGGGGAAAGGCUGGGGUUCAAGAUCACAGUUGUCCUUGGAUUCUUGGUUCUGCUUCUAAUAUUAAAUGAUCAGCUACCCAAAACAGACGUGUUUCCCAUUCUAGGGGUGUUUUGCGGACUUUGCUUUGCACUGAUGAUAGUAAGUAUAAUGGGUACAGUCGGAGUCUUGUACAUGGUGGAAAUGUCAUCCGUGAGCUCUGAGGUGCCGAGCUGGAUGAAAAAGUGGGUGCUGAAGCACAUGGCAAAAGCCCUUCUUGUGAAAACCAGUCACACAGCAGAUACAGGAGCUGAUGAGAGCAUUAUCGGUUUCUCAAAUUCCAGCAUACCAAGAACAUCGAUUCGAAUGAAAAAAGCCACGGAGAAAACAAGCACGAAGGACAGUAGUGAAGCAAUACUGCUGAAGAAGGUGCUGCUUGAAAUCUUAAUGAUCAGACGCCACUUGGCCAAUGCUAAACUCAAGGAGGAAUCACAAAAUGACUGGCACAUGGUUGCUUAUGUCUUAGACAGGUUUAUCUGUAUAUUUUACUUUUUUAGCGUAGUAAUCAGUAUGGGAAUAUUAAUUACUGUUUGGGCAAUCCCACACAUUGAUUCUGCUUAAAUUUGGAAUCAACAUGCUACUAGAGUCAUUUUUGUUAUCAGCAUGAAAUAAGGUAUCGAGGAAAGCAAAAAACUAAGACAUCAACCACCUGCCCAGUGAUAUUAGACAGUGGCUUAGUUCAAACCCCAUUAUAUUUGCUGACAUAAAGAAUUCUUUUUUUCAUAUAACACUUUAUUAAUUCUUUUUUUUUUUUUUUUAAAUAAACAAACUUGCCGUACAAGCUAUUUAUAUUACUAAAUGGAUUAUUUCAAUAAAGCUUUCAUUUUAAACCAAGAGCCAAUUGUGUUAUUAAUUAUGAAAU